GGCUCGUUUCCUGGUUUCAGCCAGAGAUAGAUCCUAAACGUCAAAUUUAAUGCAACUACGUUCAAAGCUUCGAUAGAGCAAACAAGCGUACUGCACAUUUGUCUCUACACACGACUCCGAGAAACUGCAACGUAGAUGGACGGUUGGAGGCUAGUUUGUGAAGGAGAGAGGAAGGGGUAUCACUUUGGAGUUCCCGUCCCGUGCACUCGUGUGUUAUUUGUGUUUAUUUCAUCACCACCAUGAAAAAAUGGCGAGCAGCGAUGUGGGAAAGGUUUCUAGUGCGUCUUUAGGUGCCAAAAUCGACGAGAUAGGUGUUAGGCAUUCUGAAGAAAAUGGGAAAAUGGCAUCUUCACUCAAGUUUGGAUUUUACUACAUAACUUGUCAUUUGCUGUCAAUCGUUACAUAUUUAGUGGACCACUCCUUCAGUUGCUGGUUAGCUUAUCAAUACCAUGUCCAAGAGCAGGAGACGUAUUUUGCGUUAACAGUGACGUUUAUCGUCUUACCAGCUCUUAUAUCUACAGGAAUCAGCAUGAGAUGGUAUAUUCAAGAUGUAGAUGACCCAACUCUCCCCAAAGCACCACUUUGGCGUUGGGUGUUGAGAGUAUUUUUCCUCUUGGCACAAUUUGCUCCUAUCCUUAGGUAUUUAGACUCUCUUUAUUAUGGCAUCAGAAGCAUUAUUGCAUCUCGGAAGAACGAGAAAGAAAAGCAACAAUAUUUGUAUCGGAGAAUGGUAGAUGAGGACUCUGAUGCAUCUCUCUUGCGCCUAUUCCAUUGCUUCUUACAUGCAGCCCCCCAAGCCAUCUUGCAUUUGAUGAUUCUUAUUCGGAUGGCAAAGCAAAGACAACCAUUACAAGCUUACCAAGGUUGGGCCGUUGUGUGUGCUCUAAUUUCAAUAGCCUGGGCACUCACUUCUUAUCACCGCUCUGUGAGAUUUGCCAGGGAUGAUAAAGAGAAAUUAUCUUGGAAAGGUAGCACUAUCCAAUUUUGUUGGCACUUAAUGGGAACAGCUUCAAGAGUGUUGGCUCUUGCAAUGUUAGCUGCAAUGUACCCAGCUUGGAUGGGUACGGUUUGUCUUUGCCACUGGUGUGUAAUGGCUGCCUGGCUCGCCCUGGGCCAUCAUCAAACUGCUGUUUGCAGCUCAAGGUGUGAAGAGCUUAUGUUCUCUGGUGUGCUUGGACUAGCAUACAUUUUGGCUUUCAUAGCACCAAGAGAUGGUCCUACAAGAUAUACAUAUUUGGCAUAUUAUUUGGUGUGUUUCAUGGAAAAUACUGGUGCCCUUGUUGUGUGGUGUGUUGGAAGUAGCUCAGUCCAGAACCCUUCACUCUACUAUGGUACUGUGACUAUGCAGGUACUCACUUUUCUUCUUGGCAUCUUGUUCAUGUUGUUGUAUUAUCGUUACUUCCAUCCAAGUGGAACCUCAACAACAAUACGCAAAAGCAUAACAAUCACUGAAGUCAGUGAUCGUCUUUCAAAAGCUGGAGCCAGUGGACGUGCAUUUAGCCAUACUUUGUGAAGAAAUUUGCUUUGCUGAAAUGCUACAUCUAUUAUAUUGUGCAGUAUUUGAUGUGCCACUAUGAGAUGAAAAUCACUGUGUUCAGAUUUCAAAAUUUGUUAUUGUGUAAACAUGUUUAAGAAGCCUAAGGACUUGAUGCUUUGUGAUCAAAUAUUUUUUCUGUAAUUUUGUACACUUUCAUUUGCCAUUAUAAGAAGCAGCUCUGACUUAUAAUUUUUUGAGCUAAUUGAUAGAAGAUUAAGCUUUUUAUUUUCUUUCUGUAUCCAGGGUAUUAUUAUUGUUAUCCCUAACCCACAUUCCAAAGUGAGGUUUAGGGAAGGAAAGAUAUUUUGGUUCUGGGUCUAUCCCUUGUACCAACCUUAAGCUGUGAUACUCUAUGCACAUUCUGUACCUGCAAACUACUUUCAAUGCUGCUGAAAUCUAAGUUACCAGAUUUCAUUUUAGUAGUGCUCUUCCAUCCUGUUAGUAAACUGUUGUUAUGAGCUUUGCAAGCCCUCAUAGGUUUUCAAAUUAUGAGAUUUUGCAGAGCUUAAAAAAAAAUUGUUUAAAAGUUUCUAAGUCAUCUCUGAACAGUCAGGAUGGGGAUCAAAUGAACCUUCAUCUUGUUAUACGAAUGUUUUGAGAAAAAAUUUAAGGGGGUAGUUUUACUCCUGGGGUCAUCUCUAGGCAGGUAAACCAUCCAACAAUUUGUUUGCUGUGGUUCUCUUUUGGAAAAGAAUUAAACAAAGCCUGAACUUAUAUUGUAUUGUUCCAGUUUAUGUAAGGAAUAUUAAGACUUGAACAGAAAAGGAAUUUUUACCUAUGCAUGGACCCAUUAAGACCAAUCGGAAGUAUAAUUUUGUUUAGCUAUUGAAGAUAAUGGAUUAUUUUUUUAAAAUGUGCUAGUUACCUACAUUUAGUGAGCCAAUUUGUUGUGUUUGAAGAGAGAAAGUAAUGUUUUGCCUUCAAAUAGUGCGCAAUUUCAGACAUUUCAUUUUUUACUUUUUAAAGCUAUUCAGCUUGCAAAAACUUAAUAUUUUACUGUAACAUAUAAGGAAGAGAUGGUUUUGCUUUGAUCAAGCUAAGUAAACUUCUUUCAAUUUCUCAUCACUCUGUGAUUUUAAGUUGUAUAAAGCAAAGAACAUCUAGAUUUGGAGUAUUAGUUUGAAAGUAAGUAGAUUCACAUUAUGCUGCUUCUUAGCAUUCCGGUUUGUUGCAGUCUUCAUUCUUUCUUUGCUGUAUGUGUCACUGUCGACACUUUAUAAUUAUAAUGUUCGCAUGGGCUGUUGGUAUGGGAACAAUGUCAUUUAAGGUGAUCGCUGUCCUAUCAAGUGUUCCAUUUUUCUGUCUGACAGUAUAAUAUUUAAGUCUGAAAUGUUGUUCUUUAGUUAUUUCCUUUAAAAAUGUCGAUAAUUUAUGCGGUGAGUUUUCCACCCAGUGCAGUCUGCAGGCUAAUGCAAAUGACCAAGAUAUUUAAAGACUCUGUAGAUUGUUCAAUUCAUGUUUCUCAUUUCAUUACCUUUACAAAAUUUAUAGGUUUGUAAUAUCUGUAUUUUGUCAAAAUUUUAUGUUCUGACCUAUUCUUUACCUGGUUGAGAGGAUUGAUUUUACCUUUGUCCUUAACACCCAUCCAGUUUUUACUUCUUUUAUGCAUACUGUUAAUGGUGACAAUUUGGUGUUUAUUUAAUUCUUCUUGGGGUUGUGGUUGGUCUAUUUUUAAGUUUUAUUUGGAUCACUUACCCAGUGGGCCUGGUGACAUAUUUUUAAAGAUAUACCUAGACCCUUUUUUGUGUGUGUGUCAGCAGUAAAUAACUCAUAUUUAUUUUUCCUGUGUACUACAUGUCAUUCAUUCAUUUAACAACAAUGACCUGUAUGUAAGUACAAAAAGAAAAAAAAGAAAAAAAAAAACAGGAAAAACAUUGCAUCUUUCAAGGAAUUCUCUCUUAUGUCAGUCUAUUUAGCUUUUUUAAAGUUAGUCGUAUACAUUUUACAUUCCAUUUCAAGAGAAAUGGAUAGUGAAUCAAUGUCUCAACAUACAACAAUGUCAGUAUUAAACUUUGAGUUACAAAUAAAAUACCAUAUGUAUACUUAUUUAUAUACUGAUGCUUCUGUGGAAAGAAGCUGGUUCAUUGCUAAAUUAAAUUUGAUUUCAUUGGAACCCAUCAGUUGAAAAGAUAGAUGCUUUUGUUUCAAGUUCCAGGUCAUUAAUAUCUCCAAUUACAUGUUCAACCAUUUUUUUUUUUUAAAUCAUUCAAAGCCUAAAUUGUUAUGAGGGAAUUUCCAUGUGCCACGAUGUGUUGAUUACAACAAAUGGUACAACUGUGUAAUGUAAUUGUCAAAUAACAGCAUGGAUUUCAUUCCAAUUUGGUGAUUUUGAAAAAAUAAUAUCUUUCAUAAUUUCAAAAUAGAAUGGGUAAGUUUAAUAGCUCUCAGUUUUGGAGUUACCUUUAAUCAGUAUUGUGUGUGAUUCCAUUGUGUUACUUAGGAUUUUGUAUGGAUUCGUUUCUUGUCAUGAUUAAGUGUGUUUGCAAAGGUAGAAAUGUUUUGUACUUUUCUACAUGACCAUAGAGGCUAUGUAGUGCAUCUGUUGCUUUCGUUUUCAAUAAAGAAAAGGGUGAACCCAAGA